AACUUCCCCCUUAUGGCUCAGAUUGCCCUGAUAACACAAACCCUAACCACUAGACUCAAGAUUUUAAUGAUUAUGAGAUUAUUAUGGGAUCUUUGAAGAUGCCCAGUCACCCAGUGUUUAUCGUUUUCAUCCUAAUAAGGUAUUGGCCCUGCUCAUUGCUCAACUUCCACUUUUGCGAUGAUAUGUAUCACUCAUAUAGGCUGGGUUGUGUGUUCCUGUGAACAGACUCCAGUCCUGGACUCCACUGAGACAACACUGAGGUCGAGAUGCUCAACAUGGGGGCUGUGCUGCUGUUACUAAUUGGUGUUACUGAUGGUGUGAAGACCUUCUGCGACGCCACACAGCCACACAUCACGACCCAGUGCUUUGGCUCUCUGGGAGGAACCGUGGAGGUCCUGCUGCCUAAGACCUCACAAGAUGAUGCCUUCAGACUGAAGAAGAACAGAGUCACGAUUUUAUCAGGACGCAUUCAGACAAACAUUCGAUAUUCAUUUAAUGUCAGUACUGGAAUAUUUACUAUAAAGGACAUCGACAGGAAAGACAAUGGUGAAUACUCAAUGGAAGUACAUAACACAACUGGAAACGUAGUAGCAUUUACAAAAGGUUAUUUAACCAUUCAAGCCCCGGUCUCCUCUCUCAACCUUUCCCGGGAGUGUCUGUCCCGGGGACAGCAGAGGGUGUCCUGCUCUGCCGGGGGGGACGGACUCCACUACAGCUGGAGUCUAGACGGACUCCCGCUGAACGACACGCGUCUCCCCUCCGGACCCAGUAGCGCUAGUGACGUCACUCUGGAGCCGGGCCGGUCGGGACUGGUCACCUGCUCGGUCCACAACAACGUGAGCCACGCCACGGCCAACAUCACCUUGUCUGUGUGUGACGGUGUGACGACCUUCUGCGACGCCACACAGCCAGACAUCACGACCCAGUGCUUUGGCUCUCUGGGGGGAACCGUUGAGGUCCUGAUGCUUAUUAAGACCUCACGAUAUUACCACUUCAGACUGAAGAAGAACAAUAUCACGAUUUUAUCAGGAUGGCAUCAGGCAAACAUUCGAUAUUCAUUUAAUGUCAGGACUGGAAUAUUUACUAUAAAGGACAUCGACAGGACAGACAAUGGUGAAUACUCAAUGGAAGUACAUAACACAACUGGAAUGCUAGUAGCAUCUACAAAAUGUUAUUUAACCAUUGAAGCCCCGGUCUCCUCUCCCCUCCUGUCCCGGGAGUGUCUGUCCCGGGGACAGCAGAGGGUGUCCUGCUCUGCCGGGGGGGACGGACUCCACUACAGCUGGAGUCUAGACGGACUCCCGCUGAACGACCCGCGUCUCCUCUCCGGACCCAGUAGCGCUAGUGACGUCACUCUGGAGCCGGGCCGCUCGGGACUGCUCACCUGCUCGGUCCGCAACAUCGUGAGCAACGCCACGGCCAACAUCACCUUGUCUGUGUGUGGCGGUGUGAAGACCGUCUGCGACGCCACACAGCCACGCGUCACGACCCAGUGCUUUGGCUCUCUGGGGGGAACCGUGAAGGUCCAGAUUCUUACUAAGACCUCACAAGAUGAUACCUUCAGACUGAAGAAAAACAAAUUCACGAUUUUAUCAGAACGCAAUCAGACAAACAUUCGAUAUUCAUUGAAUGUCAGAACUGGAAUAUUUACUAUAAAGGACAUCGACAGGAAAGACAAUGGUACAUACUCAAUGGAAGUACAUACUGCAACUGGAAAGCUAGUAGCAUUUACAAAAUGUUAUUUAACCAUUCAAGCCCCGGUCUCCUCUCCCCUCCUGUCCCGGGAGUGUCUGUCCUGGGGACAGCAGAGGGUGUCCUGCUCUGCCGGGGGGGACGGACUCCACCACAGCUGGAGUCUAGACGGACUCCCGCUGAACGAUCCGCGUCUCCCCUCCGCACCCAGUAGCGCUAGUGACGUCACUCUGGAGCCGGGCCGCUCGGGACUGCUCACCUGCUCGGUCCGCAACAUCGUGAGCAACGCCACGGCCAACAUCAACUUGUCUGUGUGUGGCGGGUUCAUUUAUGUAAACUGUACAUCUAAUGGAACACAUAUAUCACAGUGGGUGCACAGAGACAACAAUACCUUAUGCUCUGAGACAGCUGUUGGACCAUUCAACUUCAAUAUAACGCGGCACAUGCCGCUCGUCCCGUUCAUCGCUCGUUCUCUGACGGUGGUGCUGCUGCUCCUAGCACCAUGGGGAGUCUACUGGGCACUAAAGAAGAAGAAAACCUCCAGCCCUCGAGACAUCGCGCUGUCCUCCAUGGCGGUAGAUGAUGAUGUGCCACUCCAGUCCUGGACUCCACUGAGACAACACUGAGGUCGAGAUGCUCAACAUGGGGGCUGUGCUGCUGUUACUAAUUGGUUUUACUGAU